GUAAGUUCUUUAAUUGCCAAUUUUUUCUCUUCAUCACGAAUUCUCUCUUUCUAAAAUGUCUCUGCUACGUCAUCUAGGUUUCUGCACGAUGUCGUCCAUGGAUGCAACUCAAAAGAUGAUAGUGCUAAAAAGUUCAGAUGGCGAGAUUUUCGAGUUGGAGGAGACGGCGGCGCUCGAAUCGCAGGUUUUUAAAAACAUGAUCGAGGAUGGUUGCGCCGACACCUGUAUACCUCUCCCCAACGUUACCUCCGAGAUCUUGGCUAAAAUUAUUGAGUACUGCAAGCGCCAUGUCGAAGCCGCCUGCCUUGAGGACCUUAAGAAAUUCGAUGCCGAGUUCGUCAAAGUCGAUCAGAGAACACUUGUUAAUCUCAUUAUGGCUUCGAACUACCUGAACAUCAAGAGCUUGCUUGACCUUACAUGUCAAACAAUGGCGGACAUGAUCAAGGGGAAGACUCCAGAAGAAAUUCGGAAGAUAUUCGGCAUUAAGAAUGAUUUCACGCCGGAGGAGGAAGAACAAAUUCGAAAGGAGAAUGCUUGGGCAUUCGACGAAUGAUGAAUAUAUUAAUUUUCUGAGGAAUUCAAUAUUUUUGGUUAUUACUUAAGAUUUUUAGGCGUUCAAUAAUUUGAUUCUGCUUAGUUACAAUUUCAAUGUUUCUAUAUUUUCAAUGAACUUUUUUCCAAUGCGUUAUUAAUA